AUGUCAUCUGGACAGGGCGUAAAUUUUGCUCCUCUCUUCAAGGACCUGCAUGGCUUCUACAUCAGCAGUUCCCUCGACGAAGACGCCGUGCGAUCCGCUUUGUCCUACAAACCCCGGUCCGACGACAUCUUUAUCGUCACCUACCCGAAGUCGGGCACGACGUGGACUCAGUACAUCGUGCACUGCAUCCUGAACGAUGGUGCCCUCCCGAAGGACUUCACAGAACUCACGCUGAUGUCUCCUUGGUUAGAGUUCCUGGGUACCGAAGCGGCGGAGAAAAUGGCGCGACCAGGUGCCAUCAAGUGCCACCUUCCAUUCCACAAGCAGCCUUAUUCGGAGAAGGCCAAGUACACAUGCGUGGCUAGAAACCCGUACGACUGCUGUGACUCCUUCUACUACCAUUGCAAAGGUAUCCCUCACUAUGGGGUAGCAGACUCAAACUUCGACCAGUUCCUCGAGUUGUUCCUCGCCCGACAAGUUGGCUGCGGAGAGUACUUUGACAACUUGGUUUCCUGGUACGAACACCGAAAAGGUUUGAAUGUCCUUUUCUUAAGAUACGAAGACUUAAAAAAGAACACCGCGGUUUGCGUUCUAAAGAUUGCAGACUUUCUAGGGGAGGAGUACGGUCAAAACCUGAGAACUGACGACUCGUUGCUCGAGAAAGUGGUCAAAUUCACUAGCUUGGAAGGCCUCAAAAAGCAAGUGAACGACGGCGCUAAGGAGAUGAUACCUAAUCUCCUUGCUCUCCCACCUGAAAGGCAGCUCAAAUCUUUACAGAUAUUCGGUCAGAAGUUUAGUGGUAAGGAAAUGUUUGUGCAGAAAGGGAACUUCGUUCGCAAGGGUAUUCCUGGAGACUACAAAAACCACUUCUCACCCGAAGAUAUUCAACGGAUGAAGGACUGGAUUGCGUUUAGGACAACAUGA